CUCUUUUGGCUUAGUUAACUCAGAACGUGCCGCGGCGACAAUGGCAACAACAGUAGCAGCAACGACUACAUUAAAUUGCAACGAAUAGAAAUAGCAAGAACACCAAGAGACAACGUCAUAACGGAUAUUUUUACAACCCGUAAAUGGCCGGCUGUCUGGGAAAAAGGCGCUGAUUAUAAACCGCGACUGACUGCGCCAAGCCAAGCAGUAAUAAUAAUAAUAAUAAUAAACCGCAACCCGCCGCACAAUACUAAAUCCGAAGCCAAACCGCAAAACUUGCAUUAAAACGUCCACUGAGAGAGAGAGGGAGAGAGAAAGAAAGAGAGCAAAGCAAUAACAACAAUAAGAGCCGUAAACACAAAAAAAAUAAACAGUACAAAGUUAUUUCGUCCUUGGCAUUUUGCGAAGCCAUCAAGUAGCUGGCAGCAGCUGUGCAAAAAAAAAAGGACGAAGGAAGAGGAGCAAAAGCUGCUCGAGUUGAAGACGGAACAUUUUUAUUGAGAACAUUGUGGCCGGAGAGCCCCCGUUAAUACGGGGACAACCGGACAUCGUGAAAGCGCAAUCGUGGCCCAAAGACAUUCACAUCACAGUAACAGCAACGGCGGCGGCAGCGGCGCUGGCAGCGGCGUUGGCAGCGUGCCCGUCAUCAUGGAGGGACCCGAGGUGACGUUCCUCUUUCAAUUCGGCAGCGUGCGCGAUGCCGUCUGUGUGCCAGCGAAUGCAUUGACACUCAAAUCGCUCAAGGAUUUGGCAUGCGAUUUCAUCAACACCAAGAUACCGGACAGUGGACUGACAUAUCUGUCAGAACGCAUACUGCUCUUCAUUCACGACUAUAGCACGCCGAAUGUGCUGCACAUCAUCAAUUCCGCAGCGGAAGUUGUGGAUGAGACAUUGGUGGAAAUUGUAUUAACAGCCAGUCCCAUACUAUAUCCGACGUCGGAAAUGCCAACACUGAAGCCGCACAGCCUCAACGUGCAUUCCUACAAGGCGCCCACAUUCUGUGAUUUCUGCGGUGAAAUGCUGUUUGGUCUGGUGCGUCAAGGACUCAAAUGCGAUGGCUGCGGUCAGAACUAUCACAAGCGAUGCGUGGUGAAAAUACCCAACAACUGCAACCGCUCGAGUGAUGCCACAUCACGACGCUCGUUCACAUUGCAUCCACCCCGCAGCCCAUCCGGUAGCUCACAGCAGUCGCUGGUGUCCAACGAGGAGUCAACGGGUCGCAAUGACUCAAGCACUUCACUGAAUAUACCCGGCUACACGGGACGCCAUCAACGAACUCACUCGGCGAGCAGUCGCAACGGCCUCACCACGCUCCGCAUACCACACACCUUCAUGGUGCACACCUAUGGCAUUCCGACGGUGUGCCAGCUGUGCAAGAAACUGCUGAAGGGACUGUUCAAGCAGGGGCUGCAAUGUCGCGACUGCCAGUACAAUACUCACAAGAAGUGCAUGGACAAGGUGCCGCAGGAUUGCACGGGCGAGGCGCAGCUGAGUCAGCUGCAGGCGGAGAUUAGUGAUGGCACGCCGCGCAAGGAGCGUGACAAUUUCUUUCGCGAGGAGUUCGAUGACAGUGACUUUGAGGAUGGACCGUCGCCACAAGCAUACCACAACCAAAAAGCCUUGACACAAGGCACUAAUCUGGUAGCCGGGCGGCCACGUGAGGCGCCAAAAGCAUUAACCAAUGCCCAGAACUCACCGCCCGAGCUGGUAAAUGGCGGCAUGGCGGAUGAGAAUAGUGCGCGUAGUGACACCAAAUCCAGCGAUGGCCAGUCGGAGCAAUCGCAAUCAUCAUCAUCUUCCUCGCCCAGCGCCAACAUUCCCCUCAUGCGCAUCGUGCAGUCGGUUAAGCACACCAAGAAACGCGGUGGCCAAGCUCUGAAGGAGGGCUGGCUGGUGCAUUACACAUCGCUGGACAAGGCACUCAAGCGUUACUAUUGGCGCUUGGACUCCAAGACCAUAACGCUCUUCAUCUCGGAGCAGGGCAGCAAGUACCACAAAGAACUGCCGCUGGCGGAGCUGUUGUCGAUUGAGACGCAUCGUGAUCCGCGCGUGGAUAGCAACUAUUGCUUCGAACUGUGCACCGCGAAUCUCAGCUACUAUGUGGGCCAGGAUCCGCAGCUGGGCGAGGAUCAGGCUGUGCGUCUGCCGCCUCCGGACAGCGGCAUUGGCACCGACAUCGCCAAGAGCUGGGAGACGAGCAUACGCCAAGCCUAUAUGCAUGUGACCAACACACAAUGCUGCGAAUCUGAGGAGCAAGUCCAGGACAUGGGUCAGCUGUAUCAAAUCUUUCCCGACGAAGUGCUGGGCUCCGGACAGUUUGGCGUCGUCUACGGCGGAGUGCACAAAAAGACCAAGCGUGAGGUGGCCAUCAAAGUGAUUGACAAGCUUCGCUUUCCCACCAAGCAGGAGGCGCAGCUGAAGAACGAGGUGGCCAUACUGCAGAACAUCACGCACUGUGGCGUUGUGAAUCUGGAGCGAAUGUUCGAGACACCCGAACGCAUCUUUGUGGUGAUGGAGAAGCUCAAGGGCGACAUGCUGGAGAUGAUACUCUCGCAUUCGCGUGGUCGUCUCAGCGAACGUGUCACCAAAUUCCUGAUCACACAAAUCCUGAUUGCGCUCAAGUAUCUGCAUUCGCAGAACAUUGUGCACUGCGAUCUGAAGCCGGAGAAUGUAUUGCUCUCCUCGGAUGCCGAAUUUCCGCAGGUGAAACUCUGUGAUUUUGGCUAUGCGCGCAUCAUUGGCGAGAAAUCGUUUCGACGCUCUGUGGUGGGCACUCCUGCGUAUUUGGCACCGGAAGUGUUGCGCAACAAGGGCUACAAUCGCUCGCUGGACAUGUGGAGCGUUGGUGUCAUCAUCUAUGUGAGCCUGAGUGGCACAUUUCCCUUCAACGAGGAAGAGGACAUCAACGAUCAGAUUCAGAAUGCGGCGUUCAUGUAUCCGCCCAAUCCCUGGAAGGAGAUCUCCUCAAAUGCCAUUGACCUCAUCAAUAAUCUGUUGCAAGUGAAGCAACGCAAGCGUUACACUUGCGACAAGAGUCUCAUGCACUAUUGGCUGCAGGACAAGCAAACCUAUCGGGAUCUGCGCAAUCUCGAGACCCAAGUCGGGCUUGGUCGUUAUCUCACCCAUGAGGCGGAUGAUCUACGUUGGGACAGUGCUGGCGACAUUUGACCUGGACAUGCGGAGAAAACGAAAAACAAUACAUUGAAUCCCGAACUGAUGCAGCCGCUGUGCGGCAGCCAUAGCGUGCCCAACGAUAAUAGCUACCCAUCCCCAUCGAAUUGCGCCGGAUGCCAUCGCUUGUCCAGCUCACCCAAAGUGGAGGCCAUUGGUGACAAGGCGCUCAAAUGGAUGCGUUUCCAUCUCUGCAAGCACAUCAAAUAGCGCCCAUUUCUUUUGCUACAUUUAAUAAGCACGGACAUUUUUUCAAAAUCUACUUCAGCAAAUUUUUGAAAUAUCUAUAAUGCAAAAAUAUACACAUAUAUAUAAUAUAAUAUAACAUACUAUAAUAUAUAAUUUUGAUCAUUGUUGCACUGGCGUUUUCUCGAUGUGUCACCAAAAUGCUUUUUCAUGGUCAUGACAAUUUUAUAUAACUGAAAUCUCUGUGCUAAAAAUUUUUCUUAAGAAUCAAAACUAGUUAAUAGCUUAACAAACUUAACUAAUUGCAGUACUUAAAAUUUAAUAUUCAUACUAUAUAAUACAUAUGUACUACUUAUAUAGACCAACGGCCCAAAACUAAACUGAAUCAAAAUGAAUGCAACGCUCAGAGCUGUGCGAGUAACUCAUUCUUUAGAACCAAAUUACAAAUGCAUAAAGAAAACAAAACUUAAACAGCAAAAAAAAUACAAAACAACAACAACAACUACAAAAUAGUUUAAUAAAUAAACAAAACUA